GAGGGCCUUGGCAGCCCGCCGCCAGGCAGCCGGGAGCAGCACCGGCGCUCGGAUCUCGCCCGCCGCGGUCGGUUCGCUCGCCUGCUCGGCGGGAUGGCUGGCUACCUGCGGGUCGUACGCUCGCUCUGCAGGGCCUCCGGCUCCGGGCCGGCCUGGGCGCCGGCAGCCCCGACAGGCCCCAACUUGCAGGAGCAGCCGCGGCGCCACUAUGCCGACAAGAGGAUCAAGGUGGCGAAGCCGGUGGUGGAGAUGGACGGCGAUGAGAUGACCCGGAUCAUCUGGCAGUUCAUCAAGGAGAAGCUCAUCCUGCCGCACGUGGAUGUCCAGCUCAAGUAUUUCGACCUGGGGCUCCCAAACCGUGACCAGACCAACGACCAGGUCACCGUAGACUCCGCACUGGCCACCCAGAAGUACAGUGUGGCUGUGAAGUGCGCCACCAUCACCCCCGAUGAGGCCCGUGUGGAAGAAUUCAAGCUGAAGGAGAUGUGGAAGAGUCCCAACGGAACCAUCCGAAACAUCCUUGGGGGGACCGUCUUCCGGGAACCCAUCAUCUGCAAAAACAUCCCACGCCUCGUCCCCGGCUGGACCAAGCCCAUCACCAUUGGCAGGCACGCCCAUGGCGACCAGUACAAGGCCACAGACUUUGUGGUCGACCGGGCCGGCACGUUCAAGAUCGUCUUCUCCCCGAAGGAUGGCAGUGGCGCUAAGGAGUGGGAAGUGUUCAAUUUCCCUGCCGGUGGCGUGGGGAUGGGCAUGUACAACACGGAUGAGUCCAUCUCGGGUUUUGCGCACAGCUGCUUCCAGUACGCCAUCCAGAAGAAGUGGCCGCUGUACAUGAGCACCAAGAACACCAUCCUGAAAGCCUACGACGGGCGCUUCAAGGACAUCUUCCAGGAAAUCUUUGACAAGCACUAUAAGACCGACUUCGACAAGAAUAAGAUCUGGUACGAGCACCGGCUCAUCGAUGACAUGGUGGCUCAGGUCCUCAAGUCUUCAGGCGGCUUCGUGUGGGCCUGCAAGAACUACGACGGAGAUGUGCAGUCGGACAUCCUGGCCCAGGGCUUUGGCUCCCUCGGCCUGAUGACGUCUGUGCUGGUCUGCCCAGAUGGGAAGACCAUCGAGGCUGAGGCCGCUCACGGGACGGUCACCCGCCAUUAUAGGGAGCACCAGAAGGGCCGGCCUACCAGCACCAACCCCAUCGCCAGCAUCUUUGCCUGGACGCGUGGCCUGGAGCACCGGGGGAAGCUGGAUGGGAACCAGGACCUCAUCAGGUUUGCACAGACCCUGGAGAAGGUGUGUGUCCAGACGGUAGAGAGCGGAGCCAUGACCAAGGACCUGGCGGGCUGCAUCCAUGGCCUCAGCAACGUGAAGCUGAACGAGCACUUCCUGAACACCUCGGACUUCCUGGACACCAUCAAGAACAACCUGGACAAGGCCCUGGGCCAGUAGUGGGGGCGGGGCGCGGCCCGCAGCGGGCGGGCCGGGGUCGGGGGGCAGCGGGCCGCGGCUGAGCCUCCCGGCCCCUCUCAGGAGGCCUUUGUAGGGGACGUUUUUUAUAAGCGAGAUGUUUUUAAGAAUAUCUGUGUGUUUCCCCUCAUGGUGAUGUGAGGCAGGAACAGCGUGUUUUACCUCAGCCAGUGAGUUUUGCAUACUGUAAUUUAUAUUGCCCUUGGAACACAUGGUGCCGUAUUUAGCUACUAAAAAGCUCUUCACAAAA